AUGCCGAUUGGAGAUUUGCUUGCUGAGAUCAGCGGCGAAAAGCCAGCUGCUGUUCCUGUCUCUGCUGUGAAAACUGCAACAGUGCUGAAGCGCAAAGCCGAUGGCGAUACUACUAGUAAUGGUUUGCCGAACAAGAUAGUCAAGCAGUCGCAUGCAACUUCACGAGAUUCGCUUUCAAGGAAGCCUUCACCUCCGCCUGCCCGCUCGAGUACUGUAGCUAAGCCGGCCGCGACAAAUGGCCAGCGCACCAGUACCACAACAUCCACCAUCGCAUCUCGCGACAAGCCAUAUACGGGCACUGCUACCCUUGCUCGCGCAAAUCGAAAGCCGGAGGCAAUCAAUACCUUGCCGGCGAGGAAAGAUGGGGCUGCCGGCCCUGCCCGGCCUCAAGGAAGUGCCACCACCCUCAGCGCUCCAAGGGUUGCAUCGGCAAAGCCGUCGCCCACAACGCCAACCAGUGCAGGCCCCAGCAAGGUACCAAAGAAGGGUUCAUUUGCUGAAAUCAUGGCACGCGGCGCGAAGGCCCAGCAGAUAGCACCUAAAGCUGGGCUUAUUCAGCACAAAGCGAUUGGCCAAACGGUUACGAGUAAGAAGGAUUCAAAAUGGAAGCUUGGAAAGAGUAAUGCGGAAGCAAAGCCGAAUGUUCUCCCGUCACGAGAAAAGUCGGUCCAGAAUGUUCGGAAUGGUAGCAGCAAGGAUUCCCGGCCGACCACCAAGGGUAGUGGAAGGCCCAGUCCCGCUGGAGAUGAUUUGGCAGACAAAAAGAUCAAGAAGGCAGCAACAGCUACAACAGGCUAUACCGGAACAGCACGACCGGCACCCAAGAAAGCAUCGGAUUCCAAGAGUGGCAAGCCUGCAUCCUCUCGUCCUCGUACAGGCGGUGGUCUACUAGCCAUGCCCCGUACUGGACGCCGUGAACGAUAUGAGGAAGAAGAUUCAGAUAUGGACGACUUCAUUGACGAUGACGAGGGCGAGGAUGACGAGAUUCCUCGUGGCUACAGAUACGCCGAUGACUAUGACUCGGACAGCGACAUGGAAGCUGGUGCCGAUGACAUUUAUGCAGAGGAGCAGAGAGCGUUACGCCAGGCUCGCGAGGAUGAUGCCAAGGAAGAGGCACUGCUGGAGAAGCUGAGGCGAGAGAAGGAGGCUAGAAAGAAGCGUUCUGGGUAUUGA